AUGCACUAUCAAGGCACCGGCUGGCGUGGUUAUGAAACUUAUAUCGGCAACAAAAUCUUGUAUCCGGGGUUUUCCGAGAGCAUGAGAAAUGCCGUCUUUACCAGCCGUGCAGUGCAAGAUCAUAUUGAUCAACUAGCCUAUGAGCAAACUAAACAUCUAUCGGGUAAACAAGCCAAGAAGCAAUACAAUGCACGACGCAAAGAAUUGGAAGCUAUGGCACACAAAAUUAUAGCUGGUUGUGUUGCAACCCAAGAUUCUCGACCCAAGUUAAGGUUGUUGCUAUCAGCAGUUGAUCUUUUAUUGGCACGUUUGUAUCAUCAUGGUGUCUAUAUUGAAGAGAACCAAUGGGUGGAGCUGAAACGAGUGGCUAUGCACGCUGAAAAGAACAACUUGCCCUUGAUAUUGUUGCCUGCCCAUCGGUCGCACAUUGAUUAUCUGGUGAUUAACUUCAUUAUGGUCAGACUCGGAUUGCAGAUGCCCCAUAUCAUUGCAGGUGAAAACAUGGAUAUUCCUGUACUCGGAUCACUUCUCAAGGCUGUUGGUGCAGUGUACAUUCGAAGAGAGUGGGGUAAUGACGUGAUGUAUAAAACGAUCUUGGAAGAGUAUAUCAGUGUGCUCUUGUCACGUGGUAUGAACUUUCAAUGCUUCGUCGAAGGCACGCGUUCUCGAUUGGGCAAGUUGCUUCCUCCCAAACUCGGCAUUCUCAAGAUCGUCCUUGACGCAUUCAUCAAGAAUCGCUUCCCUGACUGCUAUAUCGUACCCAUGUCGGCAGGCUAUGACAAGAUUAUCGAAACUUCAAGUUAUGCUGGCGAAUUGUUGGGUACACCUAAGGAAAAGGAGAGCUUAGUGGGUCUUAUUGGCAAUGCAAGUUUGCUUCAGCAACGAAUGGGCCGAGUUGACAUUCGGAUCGGGAAGCCAUAUUCAUUGAAAGAAUGGAUGCAGGAGCAGAUUCAAUCUCGAGGCCCCAUGGAUCUCCUAAACAACCCAGCGGACAAAGCGCUUAUAUUGAAAUCACUAGGAUAUAGAGUACUUUCGGAUAUCAACGCAAUUUCUCCAAUCAUGCCAGCUGCAUUGGUGGGCACCGUCAUCUUGACGCUUCGUGGACGAGGUGUUGGUCGUACAGAGUUGAUCCGCCGGGUAGAAUGGCUCACAAGGAUGAUCCACGCCAAAAAGGGACCUGUGGUUGAAGUGCCUGAGAUAUCCACCGAAGAGCUUGUUGACAGAGCUAUCAGCAUACACCCCGAUUUGAUUGGCAUGCAAAAAGACAAAGACAUCCUGGAACCCACUUUUUAUGGCAUCGAUCGUUUCGAGUUAUCGUAUUACCGCAAUCAAGUCAUUCAUUUGUUCAUCGAUGAAGCUAUUCUUUGUGCAUCCCUUUAUACCAUUAUCAAAAAGGGUGGUGGCAUCAAUGAUCAACGAAUGCAGUACAAUGACCUCUUGCACGAGAUUAUAUUUUUAUCGAGCAUGCUCAAGAUUGAAAUGAUCUACAAGCCUGGUGGUGUCGAAGCCAAUAUGCAGCGCGCCUUAGAUUGGCUUAUUGAACACAAGGUGCUCCAAAUGUCGGAUGAUGGUUGGAUUGGACUUUCGGAUGAAGAGCGUAGUUGUGGUCGUGAAAACUAUGACUUUUUAUGCUUCCUGAUAUGGCCAUUUAUCGAUUCGUAUUGGCUUGCAUGUGUCAGUCUCUUUACGCUUACUCCACCAAGCAAAUCACCACAAAAUGAACCCAUCUACGUUGACUCCAAAGCAUUCAUGGCACGGACGCAGGCAUUAGGGAAAACAUUAUAUUAUCAGGGAGAUUUGAGUUAUUUGGAAGCUGUGAACAAAGAAACGGUCUCAACAGCCUUCAGUCGAUUCCAGCAAUCCGGCAUCUUGCUCGUCAAACAAUACAAAGAACCCAAACCGUGGUCUGAGGUGGCAUUGGAUGUGAACUAUAUACCCGAUCGAUACAGCAGUGUGCUUGUGCCUCGAGGUCGGUUGUGGGAUUUGGCUGAGCACCUUGGCAAAUUCAGAAGAGAGGGCAAAAACCGCCGAGAUAACGCUGCAGUGAGCUCUCGUGUUUUGCGGCUUGCCCAUGAAUUGGCUGAAGAAAAUGGAGAACUAUCGGCGAACCAAAAGAAUCUACAAAAGAAAAUGGCCAAAGCCAAGUUAUAG